AACUCAUUUUUAGCUCCAAAACUAAAAAAGCUUUUAUUCUCUGAACAAAACGCUGACGAGGUGGUUGGUUGUGGGCGGGGCUUACGCCGCUGAGGGAAGCAGGAGUUCCUAUUGGUGGAUCGAGUGCAGGUGAGUUGACUGUGUUUAGUGAGAUGAUUCUUCACUUUGUGUGUCGCCAUGCAGGACUAACGUUCACUACUAACUACAUGUUAACUUAGUGGAGUCAUGAGGGAAGGCGAGGCAGUUCAUUAUUUACCUUUAGUCACCUAGACAACCAAAACGAGCCCAGCUGUUACCUCAGGUAACUGCCUUUAUUUAACCAGAUGGGGGACCUCACGUUACUGCAUUUCUGUUAUUGUACAGUAUAGUUCUGUACAUACUGUACCUAGUGAGUUACUUGUAGCCUUCCAACCCUCCAAAGCUGAUUAGUGUCGACGUGCCUCAUUCAGAGAGAACCAGGCCCAAAGGAUCCAUUCAACAAAUCAAAUACUGUCCCCUUUCAUCACAGGCUCCACCGAUCAAAUGUGUAACUGGUGAAAAACAACCAUUCAAUCAGAAAUUCCAGACAAGUAUGAGGUAUGUGUACCGGACCUCUCUGACUACUUGUGUAUGAAAAAAAAGAUGUUUUUUGUGCAGAUUGAGCGAUUUCGCCCAAAUAAACGUCCAAUAUUUGCAGGUGCAAAGAGUCUGUUUGUGUCCCUCAGCAGCUUUGUUCUUCACCUGCAGACACAGGAGGAAACGCCCUUCAACGUGACGUCGCUGCAGUCGGGAGGCCUUUGUGUCUUAAUAAAAGAACUGCGCAGCGUCAGGUACUUCGACAAAGCAGGCGUAUUUACAUUUUAGUUCAGCGGUUUAACGUCUCGAUAAAAAGACACGGCAUGUUUGUGAGGGCUUUAGAAAGGGAGGUUUGUUUCCAGAUGUAUUAUAGAUUUAAACCACCAGCACGUGGUCAAAAGCAGACGAAGCAGUGGACAAACGGUUGUCCAAGCGCUAGCCGCCAUGACAGUACCCAGAGUGCACUGCGGGUUCCGUUGCUGCGGUUACUGAGGCGCUGCUCAGCUCGGUGACGGGUGUUUGUUUAUGAUCUGAAUGCUGGACUCUGCAUUAGUUACGGACACAGCAGCAGGAUAACUACUGUCAGAGAUUAGUUAUAACAACAAUUCACGAUGAGUCGACCACAGGAGACCCAGACGGACGAGGCGUCGGACCUUCACCCGACCGUCCGGCCCAUCAUUGACUCCUUCUUGCAAAGGAUGACUGUUGAUCAGAGGGAGAGUCUCAGGGAGGGCAGCCCAGAUUUGCCCACCCAACAGCUGAUGAUGGACCUGCUUAUGGAAAUCAUUGAGGGUUUGUCUGCGGACCUUCUGAAAUCCAUGAGGAGGCUAAAGGUGGAGAUGACGGAGGAAGGGGUCAAGGCCAGUCUGGGCGACACCGUCACUCGGGCGUUAAAGGAGGCCGUAAACGGCCAGAACUGUUCAUGCCAGUGCAGGAGCGCAAGGAGGCUGAAUGACCUGGUUUCCGUGGCGGUUCAUCAGAGCCUCCAGUCCUCGUCCUUUGGUGGAGACGCCCAAGCGAAGCCCGCUUCUCCCCUCAGCAGACUGCGCAAGAUGCUGCAACUUGCCAUCAAUACAUGUGCUUGUAUACCACGCAAGGUGAAGGACUUAUUCAUUUUUGGAUCGGGGACACGCCCGUCUCCUCAUGUCAGGAGCACUGACCCGGACUUUGAGCCUCAAGACCCCCAAAACCACGAAGGGCCCAUUGACAUCCCAGAACCGGAGCCCUGUGAGCGCCCCAAAGGAACCUCUGGUGACUCUCCACACAUUUCUGCUCAUGAACUCCCGGGGAUGGUUCCACCAGACCCUGACCCAGAAGAACUGAACCCUCCGGACGUUGGUCCAUCUGUGGUUGUAAAGAAAAAGAUGUCCUUGAGUGUUAAGAAGAAGACGUUGGAGUUCCUACUCCGCACGCUGGUCUCUAAGACACUGCAGAAGUUCAAGGUGGACGGCGUCUGUGACGCCGACGUCUACGUUGAGCCUCUGUUGCAGAGGGCGCUGGCCGAGCUGGAGGACCUCGACUUCAACCUCGACCACAUAAACCUGAGGCAGUUUAACACGGGCAUCUUCAGAGACCUGUGUGAGAAGUGGCGCGGUGACUUCAACCUGCUGAUUGCGUUGAAAAGGAACGACCCGGAACUUGCCGACUGGGUCGCCUCCACCCUUAGAGAUCGCCUCAUGGCACCACCAGUGAUGAGCAGCAGCUUCCUCAGGUGGAUCUUACCUGCUGGAGAGUAGUGAGCAGGUACCAGAGAUCCACGCGGGGAGGAUGGAAUCCAGAAAGAAAACUCACGUCACCGACAGAAAUAAAGGUUCUACUUGGUCAUUAAAAGGUUCCACUUUAUGAGUUGAUCACCUGUGACGGAACACGAGAGCCUCUUUUCUCCUGAGACAGC